AAAACAUACUAUAAUUUGAAUUUACAUGUUCGUUUUAUUUUGAAUAUAACUAGCAAUUCUUGAUAAUAUAUUCGGUAUAUAUCCUAACAAAAACUUUCUCUCUAGUAUUAAUCUAAUACUAAAUUAUAUUAAUAAGAACUCCUAACUGAAACUAAUAAUUCGGUUAAGAAAUAAGAGAAUAUAUUUCUCAUCAGAAUUAUAAAAACAGUAUUGGUGCUUAAUGAUUAUGAUAGAAAAUAAAUAUGAAAUUCAGGGGUCUUAUAUCAGAUUCCACCGCUAUGCGUGACUUUAUGAACAUUACUACUAGCUUGUCCAAGUUUUCAAAAGAAUGUGUUAUGAGAAUUACUACUAAAAAUGUUUAUUUCAUUGUGUCUGAAGAGGAAUCUGGUCCUAGACGUCCUUUGGUCUGGUGUGACUUACCAGUAAACUUUUAUUUUAAAGAGUAUAAUGUUGUAGGUGUAAGUGAAGAAUAUAAUGAGAUAUAUUUAGAAUUUUCAACAGCUCUCCUUGCUCGAUCUGUAUCAGUUCUGAAGCAAAAUGUAAAAAAUUUGAAAAUUAAACUAACUAAUAAAGAAUUUCCCUGUCUCACCUUGGAAAUGGAACUGGUUCCAGAGGAUAUUCAAUCUAGACAAUGUGUCCAUGAUAUACGUGUAGAAGUAAUUUCUAGAAAGCAUUGGAGUAAUUAUGAAGAACCAAGAUUCAAUGAUUUUCAUGUAACAAUAUCCAUGCCUCCCUUGAAACAUUUGAAAAACAUAGUGGAAAGAAUGAAAAAUAUUAGUCAUCAAUUGAUAGUAUCAGCAAAUAAAAAUGGAAGAUUAAUUCUACAAAUAAAAACAAACACUGUAACAAUAUCCUCACAUUUUCCAGAAUUGAGCAUAGAAAGUUUUGCAGUUGGGCUCAACUCUAACAUGGAUGAUAUCAACACAAUAAAUGAAGAUGGAGAACUGCAAGUCGUCAGCUCAACAAUUGAUAUAAAAAAAUUUCUAAUGUUUCUCACAGGAAUGCAGUUGAAUAACUGUAAAGCACUUUGUAGCAUAGUUCAUGAAAGAAUGGUAAAACUGUAUAUGGAACAACCUGGAGCUAUGAAAUUGCAGAUAUUUCUCACUGAACUGAAUGAUUGAAUAAAAACAUCUUUAUUUUCAA